AUUCCUCAGUCCAAAAGCCAAAUUUUAAGUUGAAAUAGAUAGAUCUAUUCAAUUUCAAAUUCUUUUUUCUUUUGGUGAAGUGAAGGAAGUGAAGGAAGGAUGUUGAAAUUAUUGACUACAUAAGAGUAACUUAAAAAAAGUGCUAGUCAGGAUGACACGCAAUUGAUUUGAGAAAUAGUUGUCAAUAUUGAUGGUUACUGGAUGGAUGAAAGGAAUCUACUUCUUAAAUACCAUCACCAUGGCCUCUUGUCUUCGAUAUUCAGAGAACUUUUAAUUUUGUGUGUCUUACCAACUAACCAAUCUUUAAUAGAAUGGCUUCCACUUCCAGGCUGCUGCUUCAUGGUUCAUUGCCUCCUCCCACUACAUCCAUUUCCAAAACCAUUACUGGUUCACAUGCAGUGAGAGCUUUAUGGCAUAAUAAUGGGAAAUAUCCAAAAGAGAAAACUUGCAUUGAGACACCAUUAUUAUUGCAGCAUAAUCAGAAGAAUCAUUAUACAUGUGAUCAAAUUAAGAGAAAACACUUUGUGAAUGCAACUCAUGCACAAUCGAAGAAUGAACCUGAAUCACAACCUGAUUCUGCAAAACCCAUUUGGAAUUCUAUCAAAGAUGUUACGCAUACUAUCCAAAAGUUUAGCGUAUUCUAUGCGUUAAUUGGCCUGUUAUCGGGCAUACUUUCUUCAUCACUCCUUGCAGUAGAAAAAUUAUCAGAUUUAUCUCCAACAUUUUUUAUUUCCAUGUUACAGUUUAUGGCAGCUUAUAGCUCUAUGCAAUUGUAUACUACUGGCGUGAAUCAGUUAGCCGAUAUUGAAAUAGACAAGAUUAAUAAGCCAUACCGUCCAUUGGCAUCAUCGAAAAUUUCUUUUGGAGGUGGACUCGCUAUUGUUGCAGCAUCUUUAUUUAUGAGCUUUGGACUUGCGCUGAUGAUAGGAUCAAAGCCUUUGCUUUGGGGUCUCAUAUUAAUUUUUAUAUUGAUGACUGCUUAUUCAGUUAACUUACCCUUUUUAAGAUGGAAGAAAUCUACAAUUCUUACAUUACUGUCUGGCGUACCAACUAUUCUGACUGCAUAUAAUUUGGCACCAUAUCUUCACAUGAAGACCUUUGUGCUGAAGAAGCCAUUUAUAUUUACAAGAUCACUAGCAUUUACCACUGUGGUCAUGACCUUCUUCUAUGUAGUUAUAUCAUUGUUCAAGGACAUACCCGACAUUGAAGGAGACAAAAAAGAAGGUCUUCAAACUUUGUCUAUACGCUUGGGUCCUAAACGAGUAUUUUGGUUGUGUAUUUCACUUCUUGAGAUGACUUAUGGAAUUGCCAUUAUAAUGGGAUUAACAUCUCCAUUCCUAUGGAGCAAAAUCUUCACGGUUAUGGCACAUGCCAUCAACGCUUGGAUUUUGUGGUUUCGUGCUAAUUCUGUAGAUUUAAAGAGCAAAGAAGAUUUCCAAUCCUUUUAUAUGUUUAUCUUUAAGCUCCUUUACUUGGAGAAUGUCCUUGUGCUUUUUGUGAGAUAAAGAAGCAAUAAAUUAUUGAUUUAACAAAGAGUGCAACCUUUGCCAUAUCUCAUUGUUUUUGUUUUGGUCUACCAAUAAAAUAGGAUUAAGUGAAUAAAAUGAAUAUAAAUGACGGAAAUGUUUAGUAACAAUGCAAAAAAAUAUUAGUAAAAAAUAAUUAAAAUAUAUUUUAUUUAAUAUCUAUUAAUUAUUAUAAUAAUUAAUAAAUAUUAAAUAAGAUAAAUUUUUUUUUUCUCUAGCAUUACCGUAUAAAUGGAGAGUUGUAUAUGAUAGUAGAGCGAAAAUCUUAUUGACAAAUAAUUAUAAAAGUGAAAUAAAUGUAAGUAUGUAAUCUGUUGAAAAAGUCUGUUAGCUAUGAAAAGAGUUAGCUCAGUUUCAGUUAAGUUAAAAUUUCUAAAACUAUCCACCAAAUGUAUUUAAGUAAGAUUUUUUUCUUUUUAUAUAACUAACUUUCAAAUAAUUUUAUCAAUAAUAAAAUUCUCUCUCCCCUUCAUUUUUUCCUGAUUUUCACUUAAGGACUAAUACCUUUAUGGUAUCAGAUUCUCUAGGUUCCAUAGCUUCGGCUAUCAAAUUAUUUAA